AGCACAUGUGAGUGUGACACACAAAACAAAAAAGUUUGCGCCGCCGACUAAACGAGCGAGUUGUUUCGUUGAACACUGAUUGUUGGUGUGUGGACGCCGAGAAUGUCCGAACUGAGCGAUGAGGCCAGUGAGUCUGAGCAGCUGGGCGCCAGCCUCUCCAUGUGGCUGGGCGAGUCCCUGGUGCGACCCGAGGAGCUGGACGUUCCCCUGGACCUGCACACCGCUUGCUCCAUCGGACAGUACGACGUGGUGGCAGAGUACAUCAAGAAACGUGCGGUGAACCUGGAUGGUAAGAACAUCGGAGGAUGGACCCCGCUGAUGUACGCGUCCUACAUUGGUCAUGACAACAUUGCAAAUCUCCUCUUGGAGGCUGGUGUGAGUGUAAACGCCACCACUGCCAAAGGACUGACCCCACUGAUGCUGGCAGCGAGCUGCGGCAAUGAAAGUAUCGCUUACUUCCUGCUUCAGCAAGGAGCAGAGCUGGAGCUGAAGGAUUCUCGAGGCUGGACCGCUCUGUUCCACUGCACCAGCACAGGCCACCAGCAGAUGGUAAAGUUUCUGCUGGAUAACAACGCUGAUGCCAAUGUCAAAGAACCAGGAUCUGGUUUUACUCCGCUAAUGGAAGCUGCUGCUUCUGGACAUGAGAUCAUAGUUCAGUACCUGCUCGAUCACAAGGUUAAAGUAGAUGUCCGGAAUGCGAAAGGAGAGUCUGCCCGUGCCCUAGCAAUGACGUAUGGCUAUACCAAGAUCGUCAGCUUUAUUGACUCACGUUCUCAAAGGAUCAAAUCAGGACACGUUGAAGACCUGAGCUCCUCGGAGGAGUCGGACAGUGCUUCCCCAAGGAUAAGGCCAGGUCGAAAAGCUAAGGGCAUCAGCAUCCAUGAUGGACCUCAGGCCAUCGCCAAGUUCCGAGUAGGAGGCACCAGCAAACUGUGUGAGCCUACCGUUGUGACACCAGGCUACCAAAGGUUUGAACAGAGUGAGAGCAUCUGCUACCGUGACGUGACUUCACCCAUCAAUGAGUUGGAUGGCCAAAGCAACAGCAGCAGGGAUGACAGUCCGUUGUUUGACAAUGACAUGCUCACAAUGAGGAGCAGCAGUAGCAGCAGCGAAGGCCUGCUUCCUGUCAUGGGCCUCAACUGGGAAGGCUCUAUUGAGAGCAAUGAGGACUCUGAUCAGGGCAAAAAGAGCAGCUCCCGCAGAUUCAAUAAAGGCCAUCACUCGAAAGGAAAGAGCCGCCAUGGAAGCAACGAUGCAGGCAGCACAGGAAACUCUGGGAUUCACUCACAUGUUGUUCCUCCACCCUCCUAUACUGGUCCAAAGGAUCUGGCAGAGUUCUUGGAGCAAAUAGGAUUCUCUAAGUAUCUUCCGUUGCUUGAAAAGCAAGACAUUGACCUGCGGAUAUUUCUCACCCUGACUGAAAAUGACCUAAAAGAAAUUGGAAUCACGUUGUUUGGACCCAAGCGUAAAAUGACUUCAGCAAUUGCGAGGUGGCACAGCAGCGCUUGUCCGCCCAGAGAUGCUUUGGAACAAGCUUAUGCCGACCAGCUUGAGGCUAAGAUGCAAGAGAUGGCCAUUCAGCUGCACAAGCGCUACGAGGAGGUGGAGAGCCUGCAGAGACAGGUGUCUCAGGAGAAGGAGCUCCGAGCUGUGAUGGAGGGAUGUCUGAUGGAGGAUAAGAUGGCCUGGAGGAGAGUCCAGGCUGAGCUGGUGGAGAACCACCGACUGGCCCAGGACAUGAACGCCACACUGGCCAAGGCCCGAGCCUGCCACACUGAACUACUCUCCUGUCUCAGCACUGAUGGGAAUGACCGUUCUUAUAGUUGUUUGGAGGAUAACACAAAAGAUAACACUGGUCUCAAAGCUGGGGAGUGCCUGACACGCUCUAGUGUCGAAGCUGUAAUGAAGAAGUUGGAAUCCUAUGAAGAAGAAAUGGGAGGAACUCUGCAGACUGUGCUUCAGAGUCUGAGACGCCUGAGUGCUCCCGAAAAAGUCACCGAUAGCUGGGAACGACCUUAGCCGUUACAGGUCUUAUUCCAGUAAUAACUGACGGAGGGUGAUCUAACCACCCUGAACAAUCUCACUGAAAUGGGAGACGGACGGCCAAAGCCAAGGCCAGCCCUUGUGGACCACGGCAACCAUCUGGAACUGGCUGAGGGACCAGAGCUCGCCAGAUGUGGACAUGGUCAAGGCCAACCACAGUGGCUGCAGGGAAACUACAAGCAGGCAGAAAGGGAACCUGACCCUCACGCUUGUGCUGGUGCUGGUGUAGACUGGACUCCUGUAGUUGGGCUGUAAAGAAGAAGAGGGUCCUGACCGUGCAUUAGUGGCUAGUCAGAACGACUAUGACUCUCUUCUAUGUGAAAUGGAGCUAAAUGAGUAGGAUUUACAUAUUGGUAGCAUCAGUUCAAAUUUCUGCAGAACGAUACUUUGUGUUUUAUAUUUGAAAAUACUGUCCUGCUGAAUGUAUAAAGAAGACCAAACAAGUCUGUGAAAGCUGUCAACCAUUUUAUGUAGUUCAGUAUUAGAUUCUAGAAGAGGCACAUUAUUAGAGCAAAGAUUUUUCAAAUGAGCUGAAUAUAGUGAUAAGGGCUAGUUAUGUAAUGAAUUAUUAUUAUUAUUAUUAUUAUACUUUGUGUCGCUUCAUUAAAAUGAUUUGUGGCAUCUUGA